AUGGCGGCGGCAGAGGCGUCGGCGUCAGAUGCCCCUCGUCCGUGGGAUUCUCACCCGGCCUACGCACGGUACUGGCGCCAUUACCGCCAGGCCGCGGCUUGGGUGCGGAGCCACCGGCGCGCGUACGGGAAGGCGCUGCAGGCCCGCCUCGGCCCCCCGGGGUACUGUGCUGCUGGGCUUCAGCCCCAGGGUGCUUACGCCGAGUACCCUCCCCAGGGUGCUUACGCCGAGUACCUUCCCCGGGGUGCUUACGCCGAGUACCCUCCCCGGGGUGCUUACGCCGAGUACCCUCCCCAGGGUGCUUACGCCGAGUACCCUCCCCGGGGUGCUUACGCCGAGUACCCUCCCCAGGGUGCUUACGCCGAGUACCCUCAGCUCCCUGACCAUCGAAUGGCCUCGCAGGACUCGCACAGCAGCGAUGAGGAGGAGGAGGAGGAGGAGGAGGAGGAAGAGCAGGAGGAGGAGGAGGAGGUGGAAUGCGACCUGAGCAACAUGGAGAUCACCGAGGAGCUGCGCCAGUUCUUCGCCACGACGGAGAAGCACCGAGCGGAGCGGCGGCGGCAGCAGCAGCUGGACGCGGCCCGGCUGGACGACUACGUGGACGCCGACCACGACCUCUACUACUCGCGCCGCUCGGCCGAGGCUCCGGCGCAGAGGCCUGGCGAACGGCGCCGGGCUGAGAUGGCGCUGCUGUACGGGGAGGCCGCCGCCAGGAUCCAGGCCAUGGAGGCCGCCGUGCAGCUCGGCUUCGACAAACACUGCGACAGGAGGCGGCCCAAGUACUGGCCGGUCAUCCCGCUCAGGUUCUGAAUCUCCCACCCUCC